AUGUCCCACCUGCUACACAUUGCAGUUUCUAACUUCCGGACCAAGAACCUCGAACUCCAAUCCCAGUAUUCGGAACUGGAAAAGAACCUCACCAACAUCUCUGCCACUGUUUCUAACUUGACCGUGGAGAGAAAACAAAUCCAAUAUCGGUAUUCAGAACUGGAGAAGAACUACAGCAACAUCUCAGAGAAAUACUCAGCACUGGACCAGUACUGUCCAGUCACAGACAACUCUUCCAAGGAGCGAGUCUGUAAAGCCUGUCCACAGAACUGGGAGCAGUUCAAUGGCAAGUGUUACUACUUCUCCACUGAUAGAAUGAACUGGAAUUCCAGCCGUCAUAACUGCACAUCACUGGGGGGGCACCUGGUGAUUAUAGAGAGCGAUGGAGAGCAGAGAUUCCUAUCGGAUAAGGCUUUGAUCAUCACACAAGGAGCUUACAGGUAUGAAGAUAAAUCCUACUGGAUCGGCCUGACUGACGCUGUUACUGAAGGAACCUGGCUCUGGGUGGACGGCACUCCUCUCAUUGGCAAUGUCCAAGCAAAAUUCUGGGGCACAAGGACACAUGAUGGUGGUAAAGAGCCUGAUAACUAUAAGAGAGACGACCCCGCUGGUGAAGACUGUGCACGACUAGAAACAAAGAAGAAUUCCUAUGCGAUCUGGUUUGAUUCUUCAUGCAAAAAUCUAUAUAAAAGGAUUUGUGAAACUAAGGCAUUGAUAGCCUAAGAGGAUAAUCAGGAAAAAAAUGAAACUAAGGUUAGUGAAGCACAAAGAGAGACUAGAAAGAAUAGAAGAAACUCAGUUCAGAUAGACAAGCAUGCAGGUCAUCCCCCAACAUUACCAUAUUAACCAUUUGAUUCCACAUUAUGAAAAAGCAGAGAUAACAAUGAGCUGCUGGUGGUUUGUACUGAAUGAAGUCUGGCCUUCAGAACAGAAUUGCAUUGUUUGUUCAGAAACAAUAAGAAUCUCACAAUAUGAAAGAGCAGCUGAGAUAUAAAACUGAUCUCAGGUAUUAUUAUUAUUAUUUGUUUAUUUAGCAGACGCCUUUAUCCAAGGCGACUUACAGAGACUAGGGUGUGUGAACUAUGCAUCAGCUGCAGAGUCACUUACAAUUAUGUCUCACCCGAAAGACAGAGCACAAGGAGGUUAAGUGACUUGCUCACGGUCACACAAUGAGUCAGUGGCUGAGGUGGGAUUUCAACCGGGGACCUCCUGGUUACAAACCCUUUUCUUUAACCACUGGACCACACAGCCUCCUACAAGU